AUGCUAUUUUUUAGAGGUCCACGAGGUCUUGCAUUGAUUUUUGUCAUAUUGAGUUUUCUGACGAUAUAUUAUGGCUACUUGAGGCUUGAUGUACAUCCGAAGCUACACGAUGGCGAGUUCGCUGUACCACCUCAUGCGGAAGUUGUAGUAGAACCUGGACGGCUAGCAGACGGGAGGCCGACGAAGUCUGCGGAGAAGGCGGUGUAUCCAUCAAUAUCACCCCACCCUCAGCCCAGCGCUACACCCGACAUUACCUCUACAGUGCCAAGUUCAGAGCUAUCAGUGUCAUCAUCUGACAUUCUGUUAAUCAUCAAGACUGGUGCAAGCACAGCGUGGCGUCGAAUGCCUAUGCAGCUGUUAACGACUUUAUCGAGUUUGCCAAACAGUGUAAUAUAUUCUGAUCUCCAAGAGAAUCUUUCUCAUGAGAUCCAGACAGUGGACGUUUUGCAAAACGUGAGCGAUACUCUGCAGAUACAUGACACAAUUGCGUACGACAUAUACCAAGAUCUACAUACCAACAUUCAUGCGUACAGAGAGCAAGCUCAGCUCCCGGGCGACGAACCUGAACUCCCACCCGGGGAUAAGCCAGGCUGGAAACUAGACAGAUACAAGUUUCUUCCCAUGCUAGAGCAUGCUCAGAGGAACUUCCCCGGUUUCAAAUGGACUGUUUAUAUUGAAGACGACACUUUCGUCUUUUGGUCAAAUCUUCUCCCAUGGCUUGCAACACUCUCAGCUGACGAUGAACCGUCAUAUUAUGGCGCUUCCGCGGGAGAAAGCAAUGCGACAUUUGCGCAAGGAGGUUCAGGAAUCGUAUUCUCUAGGUCUUUAAUGAAGUCUGUUUUCACUGGACCUAAAACCCCCACUCUAAAAGAGUAUGCCAAAUUCACCGCAAGUGAGUGUUGCGGUGACAUGGUUCUUGGCAAAGUAUUGCGCGAUCAUAAUGUGCUUGUAAACAGAGGGAAAUAUGGCCCAGUGUCAUUCAGACCCGAACCACCCUGGAAAACAGGAUUUGACGAAUUCUCAUGGUGCAAACCAGUCUUCACGUUUCAUCAUUUGCACCAGAGGGAUCUGGUUCAACUGGCAUUAUUGGAGCGCCAGCAUAGUCAUAAUAACCAUGUUUCGCGACCAAUCAUAUUUCGUGACAUUUUCCUUAAAACAAUAUCACCUUACCUCAAAGACCGCCGUGAUGAUUGGGACAAUUCCGCAUCUCGCCACAAACUUACAGAGAAUAUCACCACGAUCACCAAUCCACCUUGGAGUCCACCUGCUCCCGUCGUAGAAGAUAAAGAUGCUCUUGAGCAGGCUUAUACUUCACCUGAAGCGUGUCUGGCGGCGUGCGUCGCAUUAUCUACUUGCCGUAUCUGGAAGCACGAAAUCAAUAACGAGAAUGAGAAGAGCUGUAGUUUGGAUGUAGUGGUAAUGCUAGGAAGAGAAAUUGAGGGACGGGCUUCAUGGGAUAAAAGGGUGAUCAAUAGUGGAUGGAUGAUCCAGAGAAUCAAUGAGACGUUAAUGGAGGAUAAAUGUGAGAUUGUUGCGUCACCUUAG